UUAGGUCGUCUGCUUGAUACUUCGGAAAUGUAUGUCGGCAAUGUUUUGAAAAAGUAUGUUUAGUUUUGGGAGACUUCAUGUAUGGGAGUGUACAUUAGAUUUGGUCAGGGCUGAUGUCUCUUCACCAAUGGAAGUGAACGGCAUACCAUAUUGAUGGGGACAAUCCUAAACACGAUGGUCUCUAUCUCCAAAGAGAUCUUCUUAUUGUUUGAGACCAUGGGUGCCCCCCACACUCAUUGGGAGUGUUAUAUAUCCACUGACAGAGCAUGUACCAGUAGCCUAUCAGUUUCCUCAGUUCGAGUCACAAGACUGAUUGAUGAUCUGGAUUGGCCCUGUAUAUACCAGCUGGUCUGAUCUAGUCCUUCCAGUAGAAUCUUACUAUAACAUAGUAAAACAUAUAUACCAUGGCAUCAGAUGCAGUGCUGGAUCUAUCAGAUGCUGCUGAUGACAAAGAGGCCAAUACAGAAAAAGAGAUCUCUAUCAACCCUGACCUUGACGAUCCCACUCCAGAGAACAGCAAGAGUGAGCCACUUAGAAUAAAAAGAGAAAUUUAGGACACACACUGGAGAGAAGCCUUACAAGUGUGGAAUUUGUGGUAAGCGAUUUACAACUUCAACGGGACUUCGAUACCAUGAAAGAACAUUCAGUGGAGGGAACUGUAGCAUCAGAGUUGGAGGAAAGAGUCCAGAAGAAGGAAACAGAUUGAAGAACUGGGAUGGCGAUACAUUGAUUGAUGUUCACCCAUCAGCAGGGUACAUGAAUCUGCUGAUUAACUCUGACAGUACAUCCCCUCAAGAUGAGGAAGACUCCACAGCCAAAUCUCUAGGGAAACAGAUAACUCUAUCUUGCAAUGAGGAAAAAGAAUGCAUGAUUUGUGGAAAGAAAUUUCAGUACAUGUACACUCUAGAGAGUCAUUUGAGAGCUCAUAGUGCUGAAGAUAUUGAUCAUUCCCUAAAUAUGUUCCAGUGUUACGCUGAUGAGGGCAGUUUGAAGAAGUCAUAUGCUUGUAAUAAGUGUAGAUAUGAAUGCUGCACUUCAGAGGAGUUGAGCACUCACAUGCUAUCACAUUCUGUAGAGAAACCUCAUUUCUGCAAAUACUGUGGGAAGUGUUUUGGAAAAGCAUGCUAUUUACAGGCUCAUGUCCGCAUACAUAAUGGUGAGAAGCCAUUUAAAUGUGAAGAGUGUGGUAAAUGUUUCUCAACCUCUACUGGAUUCCAACAUCAUAAUAAAUCUCAUCUCAAGGAUUCAGCGUCACUUGCUUCCAAAGAGAAGGAGAAGCUAAGUGAAUCUUUUGAACCUGGUUUUCUGAAGAUUGUCAGCGUGACCUCCUUAGCUGAUGGCUCUUCUGACAUUGACCCAUCCAUAUUUGAGGCUGCUAAUGAUGUAGGUCUUUCUGAAAAUUCAACAGAAACAACUGAAAAAUUAGAGAAUAAUUCACAGGAAAAUAAUUCAGUUCCAUUGAUAUUAAGAGCUGAUGAUAUAACUGAAGCUGAAAAACAAAACAGCAGCAAUGUUAUUCUGGGAUGUGAAGUCACAGCUUCGAAUGGGCUUAAGUACCUCCUGACUAAUGUACAGAAGCCAGAAAAGGCAGAGAAGGAUCCAGUUCAGGUAGAAAGUGAAGAAAAGAUUGUUCAGGUGACCGUGGUAAAAAAACAUGAAAAGGGUAGGUUGUCUUUGGAGCCUUGUUACUCUAUUGUAACAUUGUUUAAGGUAAAAACUGUACCAGGUGACCCAUAUGCGAAGCAGAUUCAAACAGAUGCAGAGCAGCAUUAUGAACAGUCAGAGAGUGCUGUCAUGCAUGCUGAGACUGCUGAAUGGAUGAAGAAGAAUAUCAGUUCUGGACAAUUUCUGGAAAAUGUUGCAUUAAGGGCAGACAAUGAGAUCUGUGAGGCCUUGGGAGGUGAGAUGAAAAGCUCUACCAUUGAAGAGGAACUUUAUCCCAAAGAGGCUCCAUUUGAGUGUAUAGAUUGUGGCCAGGGUUUCAUGUAUGAAGCCGACUUAAAAUCACACGCUCAGACACACACUGGUAAAAAACGUUAUAAAUGCGAAAUCUGUGGUAGUAGGUUCACGACAUCAACUGGGCUGAGAUACCAUGUAAGAAAAAGAAUAACAGAAAAUUUCUACCCUUUCUGUGACAAGACCCCUUCCCAAAAUUCUCAUAUCAUGACAUAUCCUUCCAUGCAGUCCAAAAUCUGUGUGGACAUUGUCACAGAGUGGAAGCGGCAAGAGGACAUUGUCAUGGAGGGGAAUAGCCGUGAGGAUGUUGCCGUGGAGGGGAAGAGCCGUGUAGAUAUUGCCUUGAAGAUGAAAAGCCGAGAGGAUGUUGCCAUGGAGGUGGAGAGCCGAGAAGAUGUUGUCAUGGAGGGGAAUAGCCGAGAAUACAUUGCCAAUGAGGGGAAUAGACAAGAGGAUAUUGCCAUGGUGGAAAACCUCCAAAAGAAUAUUGCCAAGGAAGGGGACAGACGAGAGGAUAUUACCAUGGACAGGAAGAGCAGACAGGAUAUUGCCAUGAUUUUGAGUAAGCCAAGGAUAUCAGAUAAUUACUACUGCUUGAACUCCAAACAGGUUCUUGUCUUUCCCAAGGCACCUGCGAUGAAGCAUGUAGAUCUGCGAAAAACAUUGACAAAAACCUACAGGAAGCUUGACACAUCAGUGCUGCCCGAUGUAGCCAAACAUGUUCUCUAUGCAGGGAAGAAACAGAUGACUGACAAAUCUAAACAGAAAGAUGAUAUUCAGCCAGAAGCUGUGACUGCUGCACUCUGUCCAAAACUUUUGUCGCAUCAGAUGAUUCCAAAGAAGCACAGGCCUUAUAAAUGUAAGGUCUGUAACAGACGUUUCGUUAAUUCUGAUUCCCAUCGCUACCACAUGAAGAUCCACAUGGAUCAGCUGCACUGGUGUGAUAUUUGUGACAAAUGGUACAAGUUAGCAUCAGAUCUCAACAGACACAAACUGGCUCUGCAUCCAAUACCUUCCGACAAAGAGCCAUCUUAUAAACCGUUGGUUUCCUAUUCUUGUGUUGUCUGCCAGUUGCAAUGGAAGUCCAAAGAAUUGCUGCAUGAACAUAUGAAAACCCAUCAGUGCCAUAGGAAAACCCAUCAAUACCAUAGGAAAACCCAUCAAUGCUCCAAGUGCAACAAAGCUUUUUCCAAUGAACGCCUUUAUCAGAUUCACAGUGGGAUCUGUACAGGAGCAGAAGUGGACAAUAUGGGAGAGAAACCAGAUGUCACAGUCACCUUUGAAGGUUUUGAGAUUUCAUGCAGUCCACCAGGCUCUGUUAUUGAGGAUGAGGAACAAAACACUGAAGUAGAAAAUGAAGUAGAUGCUCAAGAGAUGGAAGAUUUGGAUGAAUCAGAUGAUGUGGCAGGUGAUGGGUUUGAGGAUGCAGGCAGUGAUACUGAGACUGGUGAUCAGCAGAAUAAUCUGAUGAAGCGUCGGACAGAUGUUGUGGCAGGUGACAUGGUUGAUGAUGCAGGCAGUGAUACUGAUACUGGUGAUGAGCAGGAUAAUCUGAUGAAGUGUUGGACAGAUGUUGUGGCAGGUGAUGGGGUUGAUGAUGCAGGCAGUGAUACUGAUACUGGUGAUGAGCAGGAUAAUCUGAUGAAGUGUUGGACAGAUGAUGUGGCAGGUGACAUGGUUGAUGAUGCAGGCAGUGAUACUGAUACUGGUGAUGAGCAGGUUAGUCUGAUGAAGUGUCGGACAGAUGAUGUGGCAGGUGAAUGGGUUGACGAUGCAGGCAGUGAUACUGAUACUGGUGAUGAGCAGGAUAAACUGGUGAAGUGUCGGACAGAUGAUGAUGAAGGUGGUGCAGAAGUUAAUACUGAGACUGAUGAGCAGCAGCGUAGUCGGACUCGGAAUCAGAAGUGUCAGACUCUGUCAUGGGACACCCACACCUGCACGUUCUGUGGGAAGACAUACAUAUCCUUCUCCAAAAUGAUACUGUAUCUGCUGGAACACGAUGGACCGAAGAUAUUUCCCUGUCCACUAUGCAGCUACACAUGCGCUUCUUUCGAAGUCCUGGAGAAACACAUGAACAAACACUCCUGAGACCAACUGUUCAACAACACUCCUAAGGACUAUUCCGUCCAAGUCAGGUGCAUCCUCUGUGGCAAGUUCUUCAAAAGCUACAAGGUGAAGUCCCACUACUCUGAGCAUAUCAUUGGGGAUGUGAACAAGUACAGCAAGUGUCACAAGAUCCUUAACGUGUUUCCCGACUUCAGAAAGAGUCUUUGGAACAUGUGAAGACAUUUUCUUGCAGCUUCCCCACAAAGAAGGUCACCACCAUGACUCUUAUUACUAAGCAUUUGGAAAGUUAUAAGCAGACUUAUCAAAAGCAAACAGCUUUCACUAUACGGUCAGUUAACAAUUCAAAGUAAAUAUAUGGCCAUCAGAAGCCAUGUUGUGUAAAGGUGUCAGGAGUUAUUUCUCAUUUAUGAUUCCUUCAUGACCCUAUCCAUGAAAUUCUUCUGGAAUUGCCAAUAUGGAAAGACAGAAACAUAAUUGAUUUAUUUUUUGCUUGUUACUUUUCUUUGUAUUGUUGAAGUAACCAUGGUAACAGUUUAAUUCUGAGAAAAAUGUACUGGUAACUUUAGCAAAAUACAUGUUGUAUAUUUCCAAACAUACAAGCUUAUUGUAUCUGAUUUUAUGAUGUUAAACUAUUUCACAUAUGGUAUAUGUUAUACUGUUAUAUCAGUACAAAUAUGUUGUGUUUUAUUUGAACUUUAAGCAACCUUUUAACCUGUGAUGUUAUAUUUCUUGUGUGUGAUAUAGUUAUGGAUGUAUGGGUUAAGUUUCUGUUUGUGAAACAUUGUGUAAACAUUAAAGCCAUUUUAAACAUU